UUAUGCCUCCCAUUUCAUAAAAAAUAAUUUGCAGUACUUUGUUUAAAAAACUACAAAAUUUUACAGGCAUAAUGGAGAAACUUGAUACUCCUAAAAGGUUUGGUUAUCCAGAAAACUUUUUCCACACAAACGAAAUAAUUACCAAAAUAUCUGGAAUGUGGAUCCCAACUCGGGAACACAGAUUCCUUUUUCGAGUAUUUUACAUAAUUUACCUAUUUUUCUUAUAUGGAUCUGGAUUGUUUUUCUUAAUAUGCGAAUGCCUGAUAUUCAAUGAAACUAUAACAACGAUUAAUAAGCUGGUCAGUCAUAUAGGAAUGCUAUUUACUCAUUUGGUUGGAAUUUUGAAAUUUUGCAUCUUGGUUUUUGGACGACAGAAACUCAAAAGGAUUAUGGAUACUUUACAAGAUGUUCAAUAUUAUUAUGAACCCACUAAGGAUUUUUCACCUGGGCAGUUCCUAUCCGAUGAAAAAAUUACAAGUUCCAGAUUUUCUAUUUUGGUAUUUGUAAUGUAUAGUUUUGUUGGUGUUUCGGCUCAUAUUUCUUCAGAACUGAUAAUAAACAGUGAAAUUAAGGGACAAACAUUCGAAGGAACCAAUAGAACCUGUCAAGAUUUUAUGCCUUACUAUUUUUACAUUCCCUUCAGUACGUUUUUUAAAUGGCAAUGUGAAUUUGCGUUUAUUUUUAUGGAUGUGGGAUUGUGUAUUUUUGCUUGGCUUAUAGCUUGUCAUGAUGGUGUUUUCGUUUCAUUACUUAACUGCUUAAAAAGUCAGUUAUUAAUAGUUUGUCAUGUAUUUCGUACACUUAGAGAAAGAAGUUUAAAAAAUGCUAUGCUGGCGAAAGACUACAAGCCCAUGUAUGAUACAGAAUGUCCUGCAUUAGAGAAAGAAAUGUAUCAACAAUUAUCAUAUUCCACUGAACACCUAAAAAUCUUAUUAAGGGUAAGAGAUGAAAUUGAGGCUAUAUUUACAUUUGUUACUCUAAGUCAAACACUUGCAUCUCUACUGAUUUUUGCUUCUUGUCUAUACAUAGCGUCUAGUGUGCCGAUGACAUCACCUGAAUUUUUCGCACAGAUGGAAUAUUUUUCAUGUGUUUUAGUACAAUUAUCAUUAAUAUGUUGGUUUGGUAAUGAAAUUACGUCAGCUAGUGCACUAAUCAAACUGGCUCUAUAUGAAUGUGAUUGGCUCAGCAGCAGUACUCGUUUUAAGAACUCCAUGAUUUUGACAAUGAUCCGAAUGCAACGUCCCGUAUACGUGUCUAUAGGAAAAUUUUCUCCACUCACGUUAACAACAUUAGUUGCUGUAUGUAGAGGAUCAUUUUCAUAUUUUGCCUUAUUUAAAAGUGUACAGUAAAUGAUACAAAUUACAUUUUAGAAUUUAGCAAUAGAUAAAUAUAAAGAGAUAUAGAUAGUGCCAAAUAUUUAACCUUGCACAAAAUAUUAUGACCAUUUAAAAAAAACAGUUAGAAUUAUCGUUUAUGCUUUUUUAGAGUAUUACAAUUAGGCUGGCACAGCUGUCAUAUAAACGAAAUUAAAGUAUAGAAUA